UUUCGAAAAUUUAUAGAAAUAAUUUUGUGUUCAAAUAGUUUUCCAAUAUAAUAUUUGAAAAAAAACCGAAAAAUAUCUGUGGACAAACAGCCACUACAAUUGUGAAGUAUUUAUAGUUGAUUCCAACUGAAUUUGGCGCCCAGUGAUUUUCUUCACUAUGAAUUCUAGUAAACAAUCCUUCUAAAAAUCAAUGGCGAUCACAUCAUCCUACCCAAAACCACCAUUGUUGCAUACUAAAAUUACUUCAAAAAACUCCAAGAAAUGGAUACCCAUCACUAUCCAUUCCAUUUCCAACACCCCCCUUCAAUUCCAAUUGCCUCUACAUAAACCUCACUACAAAAUACACCAACCCAUUAAGCCAGAAAUCAAGAAAACUACAGACCCAAGUUGCACAAUCUCUGAUGUUUUAAGGCUAAUGGAUAGUCUUGGUUUUAAUAUACCAGUUGACGUAUACGUUUCCCUUAUCAAAGAAUGCACUGAAUCUCGUGACCCUUUAAACGCGGUUGAAGUCUAUGAGCAUAUUUGUAAAAGUGAUGUAAUUCCUAGCCUGCCGUUACUGAAUCGUUUGUUGCUGAUGCUUGUGUUUUGUGGUUGUUUUGAACAGGCUCGCCAACUGUUUGAUAAAAUGCGUGUGAGAAAUUCUCAGUCUUGGGCUGCGAUGAUCGCGGGGUGUGUUGAAAAUGGAGAGUGUGAAGGAGCUUUGCGUUUGUUUAUGGAGAUGCAGAGUGAGGCGGGAAACUUGUGUAAGUGUGGUGAUUUAAUUGAUGAUGGAAUAUUGGUGUGUGUUCUAAAGGCUUGUGUGGAAUUGAUGAAUUUGGAACUUGGGAGACAGAUUCAUGGAUGGUUAUUGAAGUUGGGUAAUUGUGAAAGUAUGGCUUUGAAUAGUUUUUUGAUCAAAUUUUAUGGGGAGUUUGGUUAUCUGGAAAGCGCGGAUAAUGUGUUUGAUCAUAUUCCACAUUGUAAUACAGUUGUUUGGACAGCUAGAAUUGGCAAUUUGUGUAAGGAGGAACAGUUUGAAGGCGCGAUAAGGAUUUUCAGGGAGAUGGUAAGAGAAGGAGUGAAGAAAAAUAGUUUUACAUUUUCAAGUAUUCUUAAAGCUUGUGGGAAGUUGAGGGAUGCUGGAUGUUGUGGUCAACAGGUUCAUGCUACUUCCGUCAAGGUAGGACUUGAUACGGAUAGUUAUGUGCUGUGUAGCUUGAUCGACAUGUAUGGUAAAUAUGGGUUGCUAAAGGAUGCUCGGAGGGUUUUUAAUGCGCGAGAGGACAAGAGCAAUAUUGCCUGUUGGAAUGCAAUGUUGAUGGGAUGUAUACAACAUGGUUUCGGUGUUGAAGCCAUGAAAGUUCUCUAUGAGAUGAAAGAAGCUGGUUUGCAGCCACAUGAAUCUUUGAUUAAUGAAGUCUUGUUGGUUUGUGGCAGUAGUAAUAUCGAGAAAAUGAAUGCCUGACUUAAGAAUAUAUCUUAGUUUACAUGAAGAUGAUUUUUCAUGGAAUACAAUGCAGGCACCAACUGGCACGGAGUUAGCCGGGGCUUCUUCCUCGAGUCCUGUCAUGAUCGCGCACUCAACACCAUUGUAUUGGCUAAUCUCUAGUUUCCUUGAUGAGUUUGUUGCAUUUGAAGUAUCCACAAGGGUAUGUAUAUAAUAACGUUCCUAAGAGAUGUUAAGCAAUCUUGCACAUGGAAUAUCUCUUAGUUUCCCAUGAAUAUAUGAAGAUGAUUUGCAAGAUCAAUGAUCAACACACUGGCUGAUAUCUCUAGUUUCGUUGAUGUCAUCAGCUUGACGAGUUGUUUGCAUAUCAAGGAUCAACAAGGCUGUUAUGAUUUAGUAUGACAAUGGAUCAGUGGGGGCACAAAAGUUAUUGCUUGAUGAUUUGGUGAUUGACCAUGCAGUGCAUAGACUUACAUCGCCCUGGAAGAACUCGAGCAUAUGGUACUUCUGGACUUGGUAAUGCAGGAAAGUGGAGAACCCUAAUAAUGAACGCGAUCAGAUUUUGGCAAAUCCAAGACUAAGCAGAUAUACUUGUUCUUGCGGUGGCAUUAAUCAACUGAUGGUUAUUGUGAGAUUUCUGUCUACACGAUCUCUAGAUAUAUAUAUGAGCAUUAUCAUAUUUGUUCGUGUGCUCGAAUCUAAUUUAGUUCAUUGCAAGCUAGGGAUGCUGAAUUGUGAGAAGGAACUAAAGGUAACCUUAAGUAGUUGGAUGCACUCAAGGUCAGUGUUCUAAUGUUGAUUAUAUUUACAAUUUGUAGUUGCAAAAUGAUACCUUGUUUAUACAUAUCCAUGAGAGUAAUUUAUUCACAUAUAUGUAUAAUUUACAUGUCAAAAUAUUUUGCAGUCUUUGAUAACAUGUUAAGACAUGUAAUCGUUUGAUAAGAGGGAUAUGAUAUAAUCUCAGGAUUUUUUUA